AAGCCUAAAAACAUCACUCAGAUCGCUCUGGUGAAGAAUGCGUUCGCCCCGUUGAUGGUGUUCAAGUUCGCCUCCAGAACAGCUGAAGUGGCAAAAGACGAGAAUAUUCUCUGCCUCUGCAAUUUUGCCUACGUACCACGAAACAUUUCGCAGGCGUUUUCUGAUAGUUACCAUUUGGGAAACGGCCUCGUCGAUCGAGCGCUCGACGAGCUUGUUCGGCCGUAUCGGUCUUACGGUAUGCGAGAAGAGGAGAUUGUUUGCGUCAGUGCAAUGAUCGUUCUGAAUCCUUUGGCUCGAGACCUGUCGUCGGAGGCAUUUGACAAGAUUCUAGAAAUGCGAAACAAGAUCGCGGACACUCUAUACAUGAUUGUCAAGGAAGCACGUAUCAGCCAACAUCCGGCAAUUUGCUUUGGACACAUCCUACUGUCAUUGCCUAUAGUUACGAUGUUAGCCAAUGCUAUGUGCGAAAAUCUACAAUUCGCUCAAGUUUUCUCCAACGCCGGGGAAAUCCCGCUACUCACCGACCUAUUCGGGUAA